UUUGCCCUCAUUGUCAGCGACGCUAUAAAAGAGACAAUUGCCACUCGAUGUGCUAUCUUGCAGGUUGGCACGACAGAGGUGGCAGAAAGAACAGCUUUAUGGCUCCCAAAAAGGCAAAGAAGAGGGCAGAGGGAGGAGCUGGCUCCAAUGUGUUCUCCAUGUUUGACCAAUCCCAGAUCCAGGAGUUUAAAGAGGCUUUCACCAUCAUGGAUCAGAACCGGGAUGGCUUCAUUGAUAAAAAUGACCUGAGAGACACCUUUGCUGCCCUGGGUCGUCUCAAUGUCAAGAAUGAAGAGUUGGAAGCCAUGGUGAAGGAGGCUCCAGGUCCCAUCAACUUCACUGUCUUCCUGACCAUGUUUGGUGAGAAACUGAAGGGCACAGAUCCAGAAGAGACCAUCCUGCAUGCUUUCAAGAUUUUUGAUGUUGAAGGAAAAGGUUUUCUUAAGGCAGACUUCAUCAAAGAAAAGCUCAUGACGCAGGCAGACCGGUUCAGCGAAGAAGAGAUCAAACAGAUGUUUACAGCUUUUCCUCCAGAUGUGCGUGGUAAUCUCGAUUACAAGAACCUGUGCUAUGUCAUCACCCAUGGUGAGGAGAAAGACUAGGUGGUGGGAGGAGAGAGCCCCCAGUGUCUCCUCUGCAAGCACUUAAUGGCAAAGGUGAAAGGGAUAAGGAAGCUUCUACAGGAGAUCAAGAAAAAAAAAGUCUUCCCACCGUCAUGGGGCUCAUCCGAAAAGAACCAAAAAUAAUAAUUAAAAAAAUGGAAACGAGGUUAAAGUUAUUCUAUUUAAUGUUCUAGCCCGGAUGAAAGCUGAAAAUUCCAAUUUUGUUAGUUUUUCCCACACUUAAGAGAAAAAAAAAACUUUUGGUGGUUUCGGCUGGAAUUUUCCUGAUGAGUUGUUGCUUUUAAUUUAUUGACGGUUUUAAUGAUCACCAGAUGGCCCAUAGGAUAGAGGAAACAUCUUGGCACCCCCUCCCCCCAAACCACCCAUUGCCUGGGCCAGACUCCAUGCUCCUGCCGGUUGCAUCAUAAAGAGCCUUUGCUAACCAGAAUUCUCUUCCACUCCACGGCUUUUUACAUUAGAUACCGAAGUGGAAUCAAACUUUGGGUUGGAAACAAACAGAGCCCAUUGGUCUAACUUGGGGGUUAUUGCACAAGUUUCUUUUGAAACAUGUCACUACAGAUGUUUUCAGAAGGUGCUCGCUUUCUCAUGACCAAUUUAAAAGUACAACCUAUUCAGCACCUAGCUUGAUGCCUGGUACAC